CCUACCAAAACAAUACGCAAUUGAAAUUGAAAAUCAGCUGUUAAUCCCUGUAAUCAGUUUACAGUUUAGUUAAUAUUUUUUAAUGGUGGUUUUGUCUAUCGUAUAGACAAUAUGGGUAAUCACCACAGUCGUCGAUCUACUAAAUCAGAGGAAUCUGGACCAAAUUCAUUAGCCUCGUCACACAAUGGAUCCAGAAGAAGCAUUCCAAACACAAGUUCUGGAAACGAUAUUCAAGAAAAACCUGUGAAUCAAAUGUUACCUGUAGAAAAACUAGCUACGAUAUUAGCACAGAAAACACAAGCAGAAUCCAAGAUAAAAGGAGUCACUAAAACAGUAUUUUUUAGAUAUUUAUUUCCUAAAUAUCCCUUAUUGGCAGACAAAUUAUUUAAAUACUUUCUGGAUCAUGCCAAUAUUAAAACUGACUACCUUCCCGUUGAUAUCUUCCGAACACAAUGCGAGCGAUAUUUAUCUAUUUUAGAUGAUGAUAUUGUUAGAGAUACUUUUGUAAAGAUGUGGAGUACAUUUGAUGAAGAGAAAGAUGUAUAUAUUAUAACUUCAGAAUCCUUCAACUCACUUCUCAUGUGUGCUUAUCAUGUUAGCAUGGACCAUUAUUCAGAAGGACCCCAAAUGUGUUUGUCUAUAAGCAAAACUUUAAAGGCAGUAGUCGACGGCUGUUUCUAUCAAAAAUCAAGUUUAUCAUCCCAAUAUGUGUCCCAUUGGUUAGCGGAUAAUGCUGCUAGACUACUUUUGCCUCUACAUAGAUAUGCUGUACAUUCAAUUGCUACAGCAUGGAGAACGAUCGACCAGAAUGAACAGCCAGAAUCGACAGGAGUAUCAGAUACGUUGGCUUUAGGUUCGGCAGGUUUAGAACUGUCAACUCCAGUACUGGAACAAUCCGGUCCAUUCGGACAGGGAAAGGCUCCCCAUCCACAUCUACUUACCAUGAGUAUGUCUUGGCUUUUGGCAUGUGCUUUACCACCAUUGUAUUCACGACCACAAAGGGCUAGUUCUCCAAAUAAUAGCGCAACUGGCAUAUCUAGUCUGUCAUUUUUGUCAAAAAUUGCAUGUGCUAUUCCAUCCCAUUGGACAAUGAUAUACGAUUCGGAUGAACAUGGCUUGGGCUGUAACAGGUUUCUACACCACGUUUUAGGCUAUAAAAGUCCCACACUGGUUAUAUUCAAAGUGGAAGAUAAUCAGAAGUUUUGUGUGUGUUCUCCUUGUGAAUGGAAAGAAUCGCAUCAUUACUGGGGAGGGGAAGGCUCAGCCAUAUUUCAGCUGUUGCCCAAGUUUCAAUUAUUAGAGAAGGGUUCUAAAUUGCUUUAUUUAAAUACUACAGUCAGAGGUUACGCUCAAGGACUGCGUGCUGGCUCAGACCCAAGGGCCCCUGUAAUAACUGUUGAUAUUGGAUUUGAAAAAAUUGAGUGGAAAAAAAUACCAUACCAAAUAGAAACUAUAGAAGUAUGGGGAUGCGGUGAUUAUAUUGAAAGGGAAAAACAAUUAGAAGUUAAAAAAUGGGAAGUAAAGGAAGCUGAGAGACAGCGUGUCGUGAAAUUGAGUGCUGACGAUUGGUUGGAUCAUCCAGAUAGAUAUUUAUUGGAACUUGCUGGUCGACCGCAAUACCAUCAAAACCAAACCUAGUGCCAUUUUCCUAAGACAAAUAGUGUUAUGGUUGAAAUUGGUAGGAUUAUCAUACAUAUAUGAUGCUAAUUUAAGAAAGCCAAUUUAAUUGCAGCUAUAACAUUGAGUCAUUCCUAUUCGUAAGUUUACCUUGAAAACUUACAGUUAAAGUACGUAUAGAAUAUUGGCUAAUUGGGUUCGUGAUAAAAGUAUAUCAUAUUGUAUUAUUUAAACAUCAGUAAAUAAACACGUUGUGCAAUUCAAAGUA